UUUAUAUUUAAUAUUAUUGACAAAUCAUCUCAUUUAGUUAUUGAUGAAAUUUUUCAUAUACCCCAAGGACAAUUAUAUUGUAAUGGAAACUUUUCUACGUGGGAUUCUAAAAUCACUACGUUACCUGGUUUAUAUUUAAUAUCAUAUAUUUUAGGACCAUUUGGAUUAUGUUCAAAAUAUUAUCUUCGUUCUAUAAAUCUUUUAGCAUCAGGAAUUAAUCUUUAUCUGCUGAUUAUUUUGGCACAUAAAAUUAAUCAUGAACCAUAUGAUUACAAACGCAUUUCAAGAAGAACUAUAAUGACUGCUGUGAAUAUUGCAAUUUUACCACCUUUAUAUUUUUUUUCACAUUUGUAUUAUACAGAUACUUUAUCAGUGACAUUUGUGUUAAUGAUGUUUAUUUGCAAAUUAUAUAAUAAUCAUUUUAUGGCUUCAAUUGCUGGUGCUUUUGCAAUUUUAAUUCGCCAAACAAAUAUUGUUUGGGUUGGGCUCUGUUUUGGUCAAUUAUGCUUGGAAACUUUGCAUAAUGAACUUGAUAAAAUAUAUAAAAAGAGACGCAGUACACCACCAGCUCCAGUAAAAUGUUAUAAAAUUGAAGAAAUAGCGUUGCUUAAGAAUCUUCUACAUAUUAUAAAAUCAGGAAAGCUUAAAGAUUUAUUAAUGGUAUUGGUUCCCCAAAUUUUCUCCACUGCAUUUCUGCCUUAUUUUUUACUUAUAAUUGCUUUUGCAAUUUUUAUUAUUUGGAAUGGUUCAAUAGUUGUUGGUGAUAAAAAUGCACAUCAAGCUAAAUUGCAUAUUCCACAGAUAUUUUAUUUUUCAUUGUUCUAUGGAAUAUUUUCUAUAACUCAUGUGUUAUAUAAUUUCAUAGAUACUCUAAGAUCUUAUAAAAAUUUUGUGGCAACUAUUUUAAUUUUAACCGUUUUUAUUAUCAUUAUAUAUUCUAAUACUAUUGUACAUCCAUAUUUAUUGGCUGAUAAUAGACAUUAUACUUUUUAUUUUUGGAAUAGGCUACUGAGUAAAGAUUUAAUUCGGUAUUUUUUUGCCUUGAUAUAUUUAUUUGCUUUAAAAUCAGUAUUGGAUAAUUUAAAAAAUAGUAAAUUAUGUUUUAAUCUUAUAUUUUUUGUGACUACUUUUGCUGCCUUGUCUUUUCAAAUGAUGAUAGAAGUGCGAUAUUUUUUUAUCCCUUUUAUUAUUUUGAAACUAAAGUUACAAAACAUUGAAAAGUUAUUAUAUGUGGAAUUUUUGUUAUAUGUUGUUAUUAAUGCAGUUACUAUAAAUGUAUUUAUGACAAAAGAUAUAUAUUGGAGAGAUUUUAAUUAUGUUCAAAGAUUGAUAUGGUAA